UCUUUGAAUUAACUAAUAGCUUUUCUUGGCUCAUAAUUUGCGGUUCUCUCGUAUCAGUAAAGCAGAGCCCGACCUGUGCCUGACGUCGGAGCGCAGGAGCAGUUGAAUAAGACACGGAUGUAUAAGAGUUGUACAAGCUGUAGGACCACCGCUGAUGUUCCUGUACAGUAACGUGUGGCUUUGCAACACCACAGGGAAACAAUCGUGAGACUAAGGGAAACUACAGAGAAAAUAAUUGGCCACAUGGAGCCGUAGGAUUUGGCUCCACUUUAAACUAGCCCUGAACUGUCAGCCUUGUGAAAUGCACUGUAAACACAUUAGACAACCCCUGAAAGCAAUUGACACUCUAGUGUCUCACCAGGACUGCAAAGUUUCACCUUCAAAGAAAGUGUUCCCCACACUUUGCCUAUAAUUUCUGAACUCUUAUUGGUGGAGUAGGGCAGGUCAUAUCCACCAUUGCCAGUGGAAAGUAAGAGUUCCUGAGACGUGGGGCGUACGUUUAUACUUCUAUUUUGAGUAUCUAGUAUAGUUAUUGAGUGACAGUAAGGUGUUCAAUAACACUAUCAGCUAGCUUUAUUCCAAACCACCGAGCACCAUUGAGAAGCCUUUAGUCCAUUGCAAAGGCCAUCAAGAACACAGAACGUGAAUUAAUUUUGCAAAAGUCUUUCUGGAGCCCUAGACUUUUUAGGUGGGAUGAUUCUCUUCUGUCCUGGAAGGCUUCAGAAAUCAGUCAUGUCCGGGCAGCUUCCCAGGCUCCAAGUUCCUCAAGUUCGGCUCAACGAUGACAUCCAGCGGCAAGGGACCGAACAUCCUUUGCUACAGGCAGAGACAGCGGAGGCGCGCUGCGCAGGCGCUCUGAGCCGCCGCGCCGGCCCGCCCCUGCCUUGCCUGCGCCUUUAAAUGCCGCCAGGCUCGCCUGUUCCCACUGCGCCUGCGCGGAAAGCAGCUGGCGGAAACGCCGGGCCGGCUUCUUGUGGCGGCAGCUUCCGGUCGGAGUGAGGCGGGGCGACCUCUGCUAAGUAAGUGGUGUGGCUGGUUGGAGGAGGCAGAGAGGUUCUUGGUCCUAGGGAGACUGCGUCCUUCCCGUGCCUCGUCCCAGCGUCACCACCCGCCUUCCACGGUGCAGCCGGCUCGCGGGGGACUGAUUUCAGGUGGCAGCCACCGGGUGAAGAAAUCGCGUCCUGAUGCUUAGUUGUAUCUGCACGCUGCCCUGCCACCUAGCUACCUGGGACCUGCGCGCUCCCCCAGCUCCUCCUACAUUCGGCAGGGUUGGGGUUCACAGGCUGCUUAGUUAAAACCGGAGGAUUUGUUGUCGCUUCUAUGGCUUCCUCACAAACUUCACAAACUGUUGCAGCUCAUGUCCCCUUUGCAGACUUAUGUUCCACAUUAGAACGAAUACAGAAAGGUAAAGACCGUGCAGAAAAAAUCAGGCACUUCAAGGAGUUUUUGGAUUCUUGGAGAAAAUUUCAUGAUGCCCUUCAUAAGAACAGAAAGGACGUUACAGACUCUUUUUACCCUGCAAUGAGACUCAUUCUCCCUCAGUUAGAAAGAGAGAGGAUGGCUUAUGGAAUCAAAGAAACCAUGCUCGCUAAGCUCUACAUCGAAUUGCUGAAUUUACCACGAGAAGGCAAGGAUGCCCAGAAGCUCCUGAAUUACCGAACCCCCAGUGGAGCUCGCACGGAUGCUGGGGACUUUGCCAUGAUUGCAUACUUUGUUUUGAAGCCAAGGUGCUUACAGAAAGGAAGCUUAACCAUACAGCAGGUAAAUGAACUCUUGGACUUAGUUGCCAGCAGUAACUCUGGCAAAAGAAAAGACCUAGUGAAAAAGAGCCUUCUUCAGUUAAUAACCCAGAGUUCAGCACUGGAGCAAAAGUGGCUGAUUCGCAUGAUUAUCAAAGACUUAAAGCUUGGUAUCAGUCAGCAAACAGUAUUUUCCAUUUUCCACAAUGAUGCAGUUGAGUUGCACAACGUCACCACAGAUCUGGAAAAGGUCUGUAGGCAGCUACACGAUCCCUCUGUAGGGCUUAGUGACAUCUCUAUCACUUUGUUUUCUGCCUUUAAGCCAAUGCUAGCUGCUGUAGCAGAUGUGGAGCGUGUGGAGAAGGACAUGAAGCAUCAGAGCUUCUACAUUGAAACUAAGCUUGAUGGUGAGCGCAUGCAGAUGCACAAAGAUGGCACGGUGUACCGGUACUUCUCCAGAAACGGUUACAACUAUACCGAUCAGUUUGGUGAAUCUCCACAGGAAGGCUCUCUCACCCCAUUUAUUCACAAUGCAUUCGGGACAGAUGUGCAAGCAUGCAUCCUUGACGGUGAGAUGAUGGCCUACAACCCAACAACACAGACUUUCAUGCAGAAGGGGGUCAAGUUUGAUAUCAAAAGGAUGGUGGAAGAUUCUGACCUACAGACUUGUUACUGUGUUUUUGAUGUACUGAUGGUUAAUAAUAAGAAGCUAGGGCGUGAGACUCUUAGGAAGAGGUAUGAUAUCCUUAGUAGCACUUUCACACCCAUACAAGGUCGAAUAGAAAUAGUGCAGAAAACUCAAGCUCAUACAAAGAAGGAAGUAGUGGAUGCAUUAAAUGAUGCCAUAGACAAGAGAGAAGAGGGGAUCAUGGUUAAACACCCUCUGUCCAUUUAUAAGCCAGACAAAAGAGGUGAAGGGUGGCUAAAGAUUAAACCAGAGUAUGUCAGUGGACUAAUGGAUGAAUUAGACGUCCUAAUUGUGGGGGGCUACUGGGGUAAAGGUUCACGAGGUGGCAUGAUGUCUCACUUUUUGUGUGCAGUGGCAGAGACACCACCUCCUGGUGACAGGCCAUCUGUAUUCCACACUCUGUGCCGUGUUGGGUCUGGUUACACCAUGAAAGAACUCUAUGACCUGGGCUUGAAAUUGGCAAAAUACUGGAAGCCUUUUCAUAGAAAAUCUCCACCAAGUAGCAUUCUGUGUGGUACAGAGAAGCCGGAAGUGUACAUAGAGCCUCAGAACUCUGUCAUUGUUCAGAUCAAGGCAGCUGAGAUCGUCCCCAGUGACAUGUACAAGACUGGCUCCACCCUGCGCUUCCCACGCAUCGAGAAGAUCAGAGAUGACAAAGAGUGGCAUGAAUGUAUGACACUGGGUGACUUGGAGCAGCUGAGGGGGAAAGCAUCUGGGAAGCUUGCCACAAAACACCUUCAUGUAGGUGAUGAUGAUGAACCUAGAGAAAAGAGGCGGAAGCCCAUCUCCAAGACGAAGAAAGCCAUUAGAAUCAUUGAACACUUAAAAGCACCCAACCUUUCUAACGUAAACAAAGUUUCUAAUGUAUUUGAAGAUGUUGAGUUUUGUGUUAUGAGUGGAUUAGAUGGUUAUCCAAAGUCUGAGCUAGAGAACAGAAUUGCAGAAUUCGGUGGUUAUAUAGUACAGAAUGCAGGCCCGGACACAUACUGUGUUAUUGCAGGUUCUGAGAACGUUAGAGUGAAAAACAUUAUUUCUUCAGAUAAACAUGAUGUUGUCAAGCCCGAGUGGCUUUUAGAGUGUUUUAAAACAAAAACAUGCGUGCCGUGGCAACCUCGCUUUAUGAUUCACAUGUGCCCGUCGACAAAGCAGCAUUUUGCCCGUGAAUAUGACUGCUAUGGUGAUAGCUAUUUUGUUGACACAGAUUUGGAUCAAUUGAAAGAAGUGUUUUUAGGAAUUAAGCCCAGUGAGCAGCAGACUCCUGAAGAAAUGGCCCCUGUGAUUGCUGACUUAGAAUGUCGUUAUUCCUGGGAUCACUCUCCCCUCAGUAUGUUUCGACAUUACACCAUUUAUUUGGACUUAUAUGCUGUUAUUAAUGACUUGAGUUCCAGAAUUGAAGCCACGAGAUUAGGUAUUACAGCCCUUGAGCUGCGGUUUCAUGGAGCAAAGGUGGUUUCCUGCUUAUCUGAAGGGGUAUCUCACGUUAUCGUUGGGGAGGACCAGAGACGAGUUACUGACUUUAAAAUAUUCAGAAGAAUGCUUAAGAAAAAGUUUAAAAUCCUGCAAGAAAGGUGGGUGACCGAUUCAGUAGACAAGGGUGAACUGCAGGAGGAAAACCAGUAUUUGCUUUAGAGCUUGCUGGCUGGGGAAAGUGUUAUCAUCAGACAACAGCAGACAGUGAUGCUGAAAUAACCAGUAGCCUUCAUUGUAUCUCCCAAUACUUCAAAAGGAUUAGUGACCAGAGGCAAUAAUUUUCAAGUAGAAAGGAAACUAAAUGGGCCAAAGCAAAGAAAACCCAACCCUUUUCCUAACAUGACUUAUAACUAUGACUUACAACUAUGACAGCUUCAAGAAGUGCUUGUAUGGUAUCCAUACUGAAGCUAGAAUUUUGACUCAGAUAUGAAAGUGUAUUUGAAACCUUUUAGAAACAUCACCACUGUUGACUUUCUAGACAGAAUUUUCCAGACUUAAAAAUUAAAGUUUUUAGCUAAUAAAAGGAUUAUACCAAUAAAAAAAAUCAGAAUUGUUACAGUUAUACUUAUAAAAAUAAGCAUUUGUAUUUGAGGGCUCAAAUAUCUAUCCCCUAUAAGCAUGAAAUAUUAAGCAAAAAGAGUUUUUAAGGUUCAUCAAAUGUUUUUUGAUAAUGUGGGGGAAGUUGAGAGAGAAUCAUCUAAACACCAAACACUUAAGAUAUUAAUUUUAUGGAAAAAAAAACCCUUGCAACUUUAAGUUAGCUAAGACUUAGUUUUGGUGAAGACAUGCUUCAUGGAGAAAUGUUUGAGUGAAUUUGCAAUCCAGCAUUGACAGUGUUUCCAGAGCUUGUCUCCUAUCGAUGACCCAUUGCGUAGCUGUCCAUGCACUGAACACUCAUUAGAGACUGGGUGCUCUGGCUUUUAGAGAUGGCUUUUAUGACUAUGUUGAAGUCACAGUCAUGUGUGGAUUAUAUCUGUUGAGAAUUGUACUUCCAUGGCAGUACUGAAAUGGAGGGAUGUGGGACCUUAAGUGAUGGGUAUAAACUAUUUAAGUAAUUAGACUUGUUGAAGUGAUUGAAGAAACAUUUGUGAUAUUGU